AUGAGAAAGGACUUGUAUAAAACCUGGCAAGAUCCUCAACGUGGAAAAGUCAAUGGAGGCAUGAUCAGGUGCAUAUUACAUAUUGUGUUUGAUAUGAGGGGCGUUUAUGUCUUUUGCACAGAUGAGAGGUUGGGUAAUGUAGUAACUCAGAUAUUUGAAAAUACAGGGAAAAAAACCAAUGAGGAUCAUAUUCUACAGCAAUUCAACACGGUGGUUCUGCAACCCACAAUAAGAAAGAAAAAUAGAAAUGAAGUGACUCACAACUUUAUUGUUGUGGAAGCCAACUUGACCUACAGUUUUGUGAAGGAGUACUCCUACCCCUGGAGCUACACAAGUCCCUCCAAGUCCAAGUCCGGUGAGGGGCGUUUUAGACAAUUCAGUCUUAGUCUCCCCAUCCCUUCCUCACCUAUAAACAAGGAAGAAGAAGUCGGAGGAUUCCCUGUUCGUAAAUCAUCUCUUGCCCUUAGUGAAUUCGGAUUAAGGAAUCUCGGGAGGGGCAGUUUGACCAGUUUGAGAAGUUAUUCUUCAAUUACUGUCCCUAUCAACCCUACGAAUAGUAACAUUAUUUCUACCAAUAAUGCCCUUGGUGUUGGUCAAGCUUCUGAAAUGGCUAAGAGGGCUAUGUUAGGGACAGAUGAGAGAAUGGUUCAGCAACAUCCUCCUGUUUCAUCUUUGAGUAGCAGAAUGAUGUUGCCACAAAGUGGUGUCAAAAGUACUGAUGGUGAUAAUGGAAAUGGUGGUGAGGGUUGUGGCAUGGGCACAAGAGUUUUUUCACCUUCUGGUGUUCCUGACAUUCAGUGGAGACCUGGUAGUUUCUUCCAAACUCAACAUGAAGGGGGACAAUUCCGUGGAAGAACUGAAACAGAUUCCAACAAGUACAACAAGGAAGCAACACCCUUCUUGGUAUGCCUCCUAUUUCUGGAGGAACAAGUCAAUGAUGUUAAGGACUUCAUUGAUGACUAUGUGGAACGAAAUCAGGGAGCUUCAGUACAUGAACAAAGUGAGGAAACAUUAUCCCUAUCAACCCUACAAAUAGUAACAUUAUUUCUACCAAUAAUGCCCUUGGUGUUGGUCAAGCUCAUAGAUAAUAGCCUUCUGGACGUCUCUCAAUCUGAUCUGGAAGCUAAUUUGCUUAAGUAUACCCUCCACAUUCUUAUCAUUAUAAAUACUAUGUUUUGUUUUGAAAAUGAACUUGCCUCUACAAUGGAUGUUGCUCUUGGGAUUUUGAUUAUUGAGUAA